CGAAAUACGAGUGCCGGCCACGAAUGUGAAAUUUAUUCGAGUGUCGAAAGGAGUGGGGUCUUUUUGGUGAUGAUACAUGUGCAAAACACAGGAGGUUAAAAAAAAAAGAAAUUCUUAUAUGUAAUAAAGUCGUUCCGUCCAACUGCAAUACGGGAGCUGACGUCAGCGCCGGUCACAAUGCACGGCCAAUUUCACCUUGCCUCCAAAUCCGAAGCUUCACAUUCUUCCAUUCCCUCCCAACCCACCAAUACCUCCGGCGUGCUUAGCACCGCGUCCACGACCUUCUUUAAUCCUGUUUCCACGCCGGCCCGACCAAAAAUAUGGACCGCCCGAGUCCGCAUACCCCCACUAUCCGAACCCACAUCGGUUCAGCCGGCGGUGGCGGACGGGAGGACUGUUGGAGCGAAGGCGCUACCGAGACACUAAUUGAGGCCUGGGGAGACCGUUAUGUCCAGCUCAACCGCGGUAAUCUCCGUCAGAAGGACUGGAAGGAAGUCGCCGGCUCGGUCAAUGGACGUCAAAACGGCCUAAAGCCCCGCAAGACGGACAUCCAGUGCAAGAACCGGAUCGACACAUUGAAGAAGAAGUACAAGCUGGAGAAAGCCAAACCCUCUCCGUCCAAAUGGCCCUUCUUUUACCGCCUCGACUCGCUUAUCGGAACUAACGCCGUCACCAAGAAGCCCACCAACGUUGGUUUCACAGCCAAGUCCUCCAAACCGAAACCCAACCCUAACCCUAGCCCCGUGGUUUACUCUGGUGUUGGGUCCUCGGACAGUUCGCUUGGCGAUGGUGAUGAUGACGACCACGAGGAUGAAGACGACGAAGAUGAUGUAGGGUUUGAUGGAAGAGUGGCAAGGAAGCAUCGGAUGGAGAGCGUAGACUUAUCCGAUGGGGCGGCGUGCAGGGAAUUGGCGAGAGCUAUAUUGAAAUUUGGGGAGAUCUACGAGAGGAUUGAGAGCUCGAAACACAAGCAGAUGAUGGAGCUGGAGAGGCAGAGGAUGGAGUUUACUAAGGACCUUGAGUUUCAGAGGAUGAAUAUGUUCAUGGAUGCCCAGUUGGAGAUUGAAAAAAUGAAGCGCCCUAAGUACGCGCAGGGCUCAGGGAAGAAGCUAUAAACUGAGAUUGCAGAAGUGCUUUUUCACUCUACACGGAACUGCAGCUCGGUGAUUUCUUUUGAAAUCCACCUUUGAACUCUUCUGUUUACAGUAUGCGUUGUCAUGUUACUUGCAGUUUCAACUUCAAAGCAUAUGAAGACGGUGUGGCGUUGCUGUCCUCGCUGUGGUGUUCAGUGUACAUUAUGAGUUGUAGUAUUGUCUUAAAUUUUUUGUGCUUAUGAUGUAUUUUUUAAUCCCCGCAUGUUUAUGACCCGGUUUUAUUCAUGGAUCUGAAAGUUUUUAUGGUGAACUGACUAGUUUGUGAUGCUUGUUUCUCACAUGAAGGAAAUUGAUGUCGCUUCAA